UCCGGGCUUCGCCAUGCCCUCAGCACCUGCUGACCCGGGCGGAGCCACGCCCACUGGCACCUUUGCGGGGUUCUGAAAUGUGGAGAGAGUGUAGGAGCCAGAGUGGACGGGUUCGGACCUUUCGAUCACCUGUGACUUUGUUUCUCCAAAUGUUAUCCGCGAGGGUCCGCUACAGGCACCCAGUGGUGAACGGGGGUGCGAGGGGAGCCCCACUCGACUCCCGGCGGCUCACCCCUCUCUCUCUCCCCAGACCCCACCUUGUCCUGAUCAGCGCGGUCAUCCCGCGGGGCCGUGGGGCGCGGUCCUGAAUGCAGAGCCCGGCCUGUUUACCUUGUGGCGGGCUCUGGGCAGGGCCGCGGGGGCUGUCCCCGCCGGGCGCGGGAAUAAAUAGGGCGCGGGCUCGAGGGCGCAGACAGCAGCCGCAGCUCCGCCGCCAUGGGCCUCGCCGCUUGCGUUCUAGUGCUCGCCCUGGCUGCCAUGCGCGCGGCCGGACAGGGCCAGAUCCCGCUGGGUGGAGACCUGGCCCCACAGAUGCUGCGAGAACUCCAGGAGACCAACGCGGCGCUGCAGGACGUGAGGGAGCUGUUGCGACAGCAGGUCAAGGAGAUCACAUUCCUGAAGAAUACGGUGAUGGAGUGUGACGCGUGCGGGAUGCAACCCGCUCGCACUCCCGGCCUGAGCGUGCGGCCAGUGCCGCUCUGCGCACCAGGCUCCUGCUUCCCCGGCGUGGUCUGCACGGAGACGAGGAACGGCGCGCGCUGCGGCUCCUGCCCUCCUGGCUACACCGGCAACGGCUCGCACUGCACCGACGUUAAUGAGUGCAACGCUCACCCCUGUUUCCCGCGCGUGCGGUGCGUCAAUACCAGCCCCGGCUUUCGCUGCGAAGCCUGUCCGCCUGGGUACAGCGGCCCCACCCACGAGGGCGUGGGGCUGGCCUUCGCCAAGACCAACAAACAGGCUUGCACGGAUAUUAACGAGUGUGAGACCGGGCAGCACAAUUGCGUUCCAAAUUCCUUGUGCGUCAACACCCGGGGAUCCUUCCAGUGCGGCCCCUGCCAGCCCGGCUUCGUGGGUGACCAGACGUCAGGCUGCCAGCGGCGAGGGCAGCGCUUCUGCCCGGACGGGUCACCCAGCCCGUGCCAUGAGAAAGCGGACUGCGUCCUGGAGCGCGACGGCUCGAGGUCGUGCGUGUGUGCAGUCGGCUGGGCCGGCAACGGGCUCCUAUGCGGCCGCGACACAGACCUAGACGGUUUCCCAGACGAGAAGCUGCGCUGCUCAGAGCGCCAGUGCCGCAAGGAUAACUGCGUGACGGUGCCCAACUCGGGGCAGGAGGACGUGGACCGCGACGGCAUCGGAGAUGCUUGCGACCCAGACGCGGACGGAGAUGGAAUCCCCAACGAGCAAGACAACUGCCCGCUGGUUCGAAACCCAGACCAGCGCAACUCAGACAGCGAUAAGUGGGGAGACGCCUGUGACAACUGCCGGUCCCAGAAGAACGAUGACCAGAAAGAUACAGACCGGGAUGGCCGGGGCGAUGCCUGCGAUGAGGACAUUGAUGGCGACCGAAUAAGAAAUGUAGCUGACAACUGUCCCAGGGUGCCCAACUCGGACCAGAGUGACAGCGAUGGGGACGGUGUCGGGGAUGCCUGUGACAACUGUCCCCAGAAGGAAAACCCGGAUCAGAGGGAUGUGGAUCACGACUUUGUGGGCGAUGCCUGUGAUAGCGACCAAGACCAGGACGGGGACGGACACCAGGACUCCCGGGACAACUGCCCCACAGUGCCCAACAGCGCCCAGCAGGACUCGGACCACGAUGGCAAGGGCGAUGCCUGUGAUGACGACGACGACAAUGACGGCGUCCCCGACAACCGGGACAACUGCCGCCUGGUGCCCAACUCGGGCCAGGAGGACAAAGACGGGGAUGGCGUGGGUGAUGCGUGUCAGGGCGACUUUGACGCUGACAAGGUCGUAGACAAGAUCGACGUGUGCCCCGAGAACGCCGAGGUCACUCUCACCGACUUCAGGGCUUUCCAGACGGUCGUGCUGGACCCCGAGGGUGAUGCGCAGAUCGAUCCCAACUGGGUGGUGCUCAAUCAGGGAAUGGAGAUCGUGCAGACCAUGAACAGCGACCCCGGCCUAGCUGUGGGUUACACGGCCUUCAAUGGCGUAGACUUCGAGGGCACGUUCCACGUGAACACGGCCACUGAUGAUGACUACGCUGGCUUCAUCUUCGGCUACCAAGACAGCUCGAGUUUCUACGUGGUCAUGUGGAAACAGAUGGAGCAGACCUACUGGCAGGCCAACCCCUUCCGGGCGGUGGCUGAGCCGGGGAUCCAGCUCAAGGCUGUCAAGUCUUCCACGGGUCCCGGGGAACAGCUCCGAAAUGCACUGUGGCACACGGGGGACACGGCGUCCCAAGUGCGGCUGCUGUGGAAGGAUCCUCGCAACGUGGGCUGGAAGGAUAAGACAUCCUACCGCUGGUUCCUGCAGCACCGGCCUCAAGUUGGCUACAUCAGGGUACGGUUCUACGAGGGUCCUGAGCUAGUGGCUGACAGCAAUGUGGUGCUGGACACGGCCAUGCGUGGUGGCCGCCUGGGCGUCUUCUGCUUCUCCCAAGAGAACAUCAUCUGGGCUAACCUGCGCUACCGCUGUAAUGACACAAUCCCUGAGGACUAUGAGAGUCACCGGCUGCGGAGGGCCUAGGGACCUCAAGUGUGGCACUGCUGACUGAUGGGCUGUGGAAGCCUGAGCUACAGGUGUCUGGGUCUGGCAUCCCUCUGGAGGGGUGUCUGGCCUGGAGAGGAAAGGCUAAUAAAGUAUGAAUGUGGGGGACUGGCUGGCUCUGGUCUCUGCUGCAGGGGCCUGUGUGAAUGGCCCUCCAGGAGGCCCGGCUCUGUACUGCAGUCAUCCAGAUAGCAGGGGCAUGCGACUCACUACAGAUGCUGAUACCCCUGGAAGAGUCCAGGGUAUGAUCAGAUGGGAACCCCAAGUUUGAGGAACCCCACAGUCACUGAAAAGGGGCUCAGGCCUUUAUGGGGCAGAGACACAGGAGAACAAGGUAUCCAGGAUGGGAGAGGAAAAGAGGAAGAGACCCAGACGAAAACAUUGGGUUUAUUACAUUUCAUUACAAAGGGCGCAAAAAUACAAAGAAGCGUCUGCGCCAGAAGGUGGGGCGGGCGGCCGUGCGUGCCCUGAGCAACCUGACCCCCAACUGCGGAGUCCACGUGAACAGUCCACGUGAACAGUCCACGGACAUCCACAGCAGCGGAGUGCACAUGCUGGGGGCAGAGCCAGCUUGGCACAGGGAGGGAUGUGGGACCAGCCAUUUGCAUAUAUCAGAGGGGCUGCCCAGCCCAUGGCGUUCUGUUUCCUGCUAAGGGGUGAGAUGGGGCCUGAGGACCAAAGCUGGCCUCUGGACUUAAGGUCACAGCUUUGUCCUCACGUCCCCCAUGUGAUCAGAACUGUUCAGCCAGCGGGGGUGGAUUAGGCUGGACCACGGUCACGCUGAGACUCUGGAGCCCCAGGGAAAGGCUGUGUGCAGAAGGUGCAGCUGGUACCAUCAUGGGGCCCUGGCAUUGUCCGCACCCUGCCCAGAAGGUUUGGGCCCCUGAGCCCAGCAAGGUUGAGAAAGCAAUGGAAGGGAAACUGAGGUUCAGGGGACCCCUUGCCCUUGAGAGUACCCCAGCACCCAGGCUUGAGAGGGUACAGGUCCCUCCAUCUUCUGCCCUGAUGGGGAGAUGUGGCUGUGACCAAUGGGGUGGUGAGCAUUUGUGCCACACUGAGGGCAAUGCCUGAGACAGGAAUGAUCAGGGUCUCCAAGUCACCCACCAGGAGAUCCCUGAAGGAAGUGGGGACCCCAGGAGCCAAGGAGAAAGGGGUAUAAAAAGGACAGGUACCACCACACUUGGGCAGGCCUUGGGGUCUGUGAAAGACUACAUCUCCCUCCAGCAAUCAAGACCACACAGGGUAGACUCUGCACCAUGGUGUCCUCACCUGGACACCUCAAGGGACAAGAGCCAGGCCUAGGGCACAACCACACCACUGGCCUGACCCCAUGCCAUGCCACAUGGCUCCAUCAGGACCUGAUCCCACCAGCCCCUCCACCUGCGGCUCUACUGGGCACGGAAAUCUUAGGGAAAGUGGAAAACUCAGGAUGCAGUGAACCAACUCCAAGCCCACUGUGACAAGGACAGUGGCCAGCGCCGGCACAGGGUGCCCACCCCACACCUUCGCCUGUUCUUGUCCUGAGUGCCAGGGCUGUGAUUCUGACGCCAGGCUUAGUGUGACAGCUGCCAGCCAUCCCUGCACGCUGUGUGGUGGCAUGUGGGUCUCGCUAGGGGGCCCCCCUGUGUAAGAGUCUUCCAAAGAGCUGAAGUUAGGCUAAGUAUGCAAUCAACUUUAGAAUCCUCCCCGGCACGGAACAGCCACCGGACAGCUGCAAAGAAACACGACAGGGCCAUUUCUUAGGACACAGAGAGGGGCUGGGUCCAGCUGCAUCCUCAGUCUGGAGGCCUUUGGGUGGGUAACCACUGCCCCAGGGGGCUUAAAAGGGCAAGGUAAACAGACAUCUGCGCACAGGGCUAUCAAGAUGCCCCGCUCGUUUCUGAACCGGGAAAAUGGGUCAGAAAGCCGCAAGACUGAGGCCCGGCCAAGGACAGCGGCACAUGGGUUAGGGGAGAAGGGCCAGGCUUGGCUCACAAAUCUGACCUCUCAAGGGUCAGUCGUCCAAACCUGUCCUCAGAAAGCAUGGAUGUGGGCAGAGGGUCUAUGUACAUGUUGCAGGGACUCCAGGGUGGUUGCUCCCAGCACAGCCUAAUGGGUCAUAGUAUGUGCGUGUCACCAGCCGGGGGUCCCCAUGGCCUUGAGCUGUCAUCUUGGGAUGUCUUGGAAAUACUAGGCAGGUGACUGACAUCUAGAAAACAAAGAUCACCCCCCAGCACCUGACCCCUGGCCCCUGGCUGGCCUAUGAGGACUAGUGAGAUCCCCACACCUGCCUGGGAUGCUGUGGCAGGGGCCCCAUCACCUCAUCAUGGAACUUGGCAAUGAACUGAGUCACAUCAAAACAGCUACAUGCCCUCCUGCAGGGCAUUGAAAACUGGGCCACAAGCUUGGGAGGGUCAUGGGGCCAUGUCCCUUCUGCCCCAGCUCACUGAAAACUUGGAAGGCCAGUGACCAGUUACUGGAAGCAGGGGCCUUGCCUGAGAAGCAGGUUCUCUGUCUUGCUAAGGCCAGCUGUUCAGGCUUCUACAACUUGGAGAGAAUCAGACUCCAAGCAUGUGUACUUCUGUUUUGGUUUUUUUAGACAGGGUCUCAUGUAGCCCAGGCAAGCCUCCACCUCUCAGGUGCUGGGGUGACAGAUGUGUACUACCAUGCAUGUUUCCUAAUGAUGAUGAUGAUGGUGGUGGUGAUGUCCGUACUAUUCCCUCCAAGCCCACACCACAGUGACAGAAAGGCCUGAGACCUAGACAGAUCAAUGCUAUAUCCCCAAGUCCAGGGGGACAGAGGGGCCCGGUGAUGGAAGGGCAGCAGCUUUCUCAUGCAGGCAGCCACAUUGUGGCUUGGGGAGGGACACGGAGUUCCCGUACUCCCCAAGCCCCCAGCACAGGCAGCGGGCAACAUCACUGAGAAACAGUCAAGCAAAAGGUGCGGCCCUGGCAGACCGAGGCAUGUGACCGUGUCAAGCUGUGGCUUAGGGUGGUGGGGAUCAGAGCUUCCAGGCCGAAAGUGGCCCACAAAAGACAAGCCAGGUCCACGGCCCCACCACAGGGAGUCUUAGCAUAGAGACAUGGCCACCAGCCACCUGCUGAGGCCUGGCUGGCACCUUGGGGAUGCUCAGAGGGAGUGGGUUCUCCAGAGGCCCCCACUGAAAGCCAAGGCCUGUUCCUAGAAGUCAGUUCUACAGCUCUUCCAGACACGUCCAGUCACCAGGACCUUGCACCCGGUCUCCUCCUUGCCUAGACAGCUCUUUGGAGCUGAGACUAAGUGCAGGUGGGUGACGUCUGGGCAUGCAGCCAGGCAGCCCGGCUUGUAAGUGCUUCAGGCUACAGUUCCAGUUAGCUUUAAAAAAAGGCCAAGGUGGGACUGGGGCUAACAUGCUUCCGGGCCAGAGAGGCGGGAGGGUCAGCCACCAAAUGCCAAUACAAACUCAAGGAAAAGCAAACCCACA